AUGAAGUUCAACCCCUUCGUGACCUCGGACCGGAGCAAAAACCGCAAACGUCACUUCAAUGCCCCCUCCCACGUGCGCAGGAAAAUCAUGUCGUCUCCACUCUCCAAGGAGCUGCGACAGAAGUACAACGUCCGCUCCAUGCCCAUCCGCAAGGACGACGAGGUCCAGGUGGUUCGAGGACACUACAAAGGUCAGCAAAUUGGCAAGGUAGUCCAGGUGUAUAGAAAGAAAUACGUCAUCUACAUUGAACGGGUGCAGCGUGAGAAGGCUAAUGGCACAACUGUCCACGUGGGCAUUCACCCAAGCAAGGUGGUCAUCACUAGGCUAAAACUGGACAAAGAUCGGAAGAAAAUUCUUGAACGCAAAGCCAAAUCUCGACAGGUUGGGAAAGAGAAAGGAAAAUAUAAGGAGGAACUUAUUGAGAAAAUGCAGGAAUGA